GGGCUGCUUUGGCCAGUAGGGGAGCGAGGGAGGAGAUGCCCCGAGUCCUGUGUGGGUGUUGAACUUUGACCGCAUGCACGUGGAGCAUGUAGUUCCUGAGAAGUAGGUCCAGCCUGGCGACCAGAACCCAUUUAGGGCUCAGCCGUGGCUGCUGCCCUGGCCAAAGCAGAACCCACACACCCCAGCGUUCAGUUCUGCUGGGCCUGAUGUUCCCCUGGGUUCACUUAUUUUCAGGGGCUCAUGUAGUCAGGGGCCACUCCACCUUCUGCAGUUCCCAGGGGCAGAAGGAACUUCUGUGUUCAUCCGCCCAGGGCUGAAGGCCUGGGAUGGACCAAGGGUAGCUCUCAUAAGACAAUAUGCUUGAAGCCUGGGGCAGCCACCCACAUCCAGUACGGACUGGGCUUCUGCCCCCAGGGCUGAUGGGUCACCUGGUGAGCUUGUUGGUCCACAGAAGAGCUAUGACUAGUAACUUAUUUAGUCACUGUCUUCAUGUGCCUUACCCAGAGGAAGUACUUUUGCAACUCUUUUGCAGAGAAACAGGCUUUGAAGGCUGGGCGCCUGGACUGGUUGUACCCCUGUUAAGCUGUGUAGCUGGGAUUUGAACCCUGGGUCUUUCUGAAUCUAAUAAGUCCCUGAAUCUUGCUCUAGCCAUUUGGGGGCAUCAUCUAGGCUGGUGGCUGAGCUCCCCCAGGAUCUGCCUAGGUAUGCUCCCACUUCAGACUGGGCCACAGGCCUGUGUGGGGCCUAUGCAGCCCCUUCUGCUGGUGCCGGAUGCUGUCCGACCGGUAGACCUCAUUCCCUUUCUCCUGCUUCCUGGCUCAGUGUUCUUUGCAACAGCCCUUUUUGCCUCCCGCCCUGCCUUGGCUUUCUCAUCUCUGAGCAGGGCAGCAUUCUGACCCGUGUCAGGAGGCGGGAUGAGCACCCCGCCAUCGCACAUCAAUGGAGGCAAGCCAGUGCCCCGCUCUGUCCUCCCCAGGUGCUCAGAGCAGGGCCCAAGGCGACUCGGGUUCCAGCGAGGAUGAGGCAGCCAGCGAGGCCCGCAGCACCGCCAGCGAUUGCCCCAGCGUUCUUAGCACCACGGCAGAGGACAGCUUCGGGGGUGAUGCCAUGGAUGAGCAGAGCCAGCAGGAGGACCUUGAGGAGAAGUUGAAGGAGUAUGUGGACUGCCUCACAGAUAAGAGUGCCAAGACCCGGCAAGGUGCUCUUGAGAACUUGCGCCUGGCCCUGGCGUCCCGCCUACUCCCUGACUUCCUGCUGGAGCGCAGCCUUACACUGGCCGAUGCCUUGGAAAAAUGCCUCAAGAAAGGGAAGGGCGAGGAACAGGCCCUGGCAGCUGCAGUGCUAGGCCCACUCUGCGUGCAGCUGGGUCCUGGAGCCAAGAGUGAGGAGCUCUUCCACAGCCUGCAGCCCCUCCUGGUCUCUGUGCUCAGUGAUGGCACAGCUAGCCCUUCGGCCCGGCUCCACUGCGCUUCUGCUCUCGGCUUGGGCUGCUACGUGGCUGCCGCUGAUGUCCAGGACCUGGUCUCUUGCCUCACCUGCUUGGAAGGUGUUUUUAGCCGGUCCUGUGGUGUGGGUGGCUCCAUAGCCCCUGCCAGCCUGCAUGGCCUGUUCUGUGCUACUCUGCAAGCCUGGGCAUUGCUGCUCACCAUCUGCCCCAGCACCCACAUCAGCCACAUCCUCAACAGGCAGCUGCCCCGGCUACUCCAACUCUUGUCCAGUGAAACUGUGAACCUGCGGAUUGCUGCUGGCGAGACCAUCGCACUGCUUUUUGAGCUCGCCAGGGACCUUGAGGAGGACCUGAUUUACGAGGACAUGGACGCCCUCUGCGACGCUCUGCGCACUCUGGCCACUGACAGCAACAAGUACCGUGCCAAAGCUGACCGCCGGCGGCAGCGCUCCAUUUUCCGAGCCGUGCUGCAUUUUGUCGAGGGUGGCGAGUGUGAGGAAGAGACAAUCCGCUUUGGCCUUGAGGUGCUCUACGUGGACAGCUGGGCUCGGCGCCGAAUCUACGCUGCCUUCAAGGAUGUGCUGGGGUCGGGCAUGCACCACCACCUUCAGAACAACGAGCUGCUCCGUGACAUCUUCGGCUUGGGCCCCGUGCUGGUGCUGGAUGCCACCGCCCUGAAGGCCUGCAAGAUCUCACGAUUUGAGAAGCACCUGUACAACGCCGCUGCCUUCAAAGCUCGGACCAAGGCGCGCAGCCGCGUGCGGGAUAAGCGGGCAGACAUCCUCUGAGGCAGCACCACCCGAAGAGGCUGUCCACACCCUUGCCCAUAUUUUUAACAGAAGACAGCGCAACAGCUGGUCCCUGCCAGAAAUUGUUGCUUUAUUUUUUUAAUGACUAAACCAAAAACAGGCAUUGGGGUGGGGGGCUGGAGGCCAGGCCACUUGGGAUUCUGGCUCUUUGCCCCUGUGCUCUGCCUCACGGCCUUUUCCUACCCUGUCUCAGGUCAGGCCAGAUGUGUACCUGUCUGGAGCUGUGGGGCAGUAGGGGGGCUGUCCCUUCCUUUCUUUCCUUUCUCAGGCCUUGUUCCCCUGGAUGAACCAUUUCCUUGAGGAGGGUGGGGAUGCCAUCUGGACAAAUGUCACCACAAGUGGGGAGGGGAGGCUACCUGGAAUGGAUUUGUGUGCUGAUUUUUAAAGACUACUAGAGAUAAUUAAACUGAAUGCUCAGCCUUC